GACCUUGUCUUCGGAAAGCCCCGCGGGUCAGUUGUUUCCGCGGUUUGUCAGCAGCAAAGACAACGGGACUACUUUCUAAACAUAAACUUAUUAACGACUGGACAUAACAAUUCACUUAGAGUUGCUGGGAUUGGGUAAACAAAGGUUAACCUCGCCUGAGGUUUUUAUUUAUCUGCUAUGGAUUUGAAAACUCAUGAAAUUCAUUCAGGUCAUUUUAUGGUUAGCAUUCUUGAAGAUUCUGAGGAUGAGACAGAACAUUCGAAUAAUGUAUUUACUGAAAACGUCACUACAUACAGUUCCAAAGAUAACAGUAAUCAGUCAACUGUUAAGAAUAAAAACAGGCUGAUUUUUGAGAACCUAGCUUCUCUUUUCAAGUAUUUGGAGAUCGCUUAUAGUGGAAAGCUGACGAGCCCGAAAUGGGACAAAUUUCGUGGACUAAGAUUUGCAAUAAAAAACAAAAUCCGACUCAACAACAUAGUUUGGAGAGAAUACCACAUGCAAUAUGUCAAAAAAUUAAAGCCAGUUGUUGUUCAAUUCCAGACACCUGUAUAUGAAGAUCAUUCUAAAACUGAAGCAGUUAUAUUAGAAGGAAAAUAUUGGAAAAGGCGCGUAAGUACCUUGUGUAAAGAGUAUCGCCUUUGGAGAGCAUUUGCCAAAAACAGGAUAUACAGUUCUCAAAACAGACAAAUUAUACAAUGUGCCAAUGAACUACUCGAAGGGUCGGAUCUAUGUCCGUAUCAGUUUAGUGACCUAUCAAAGAAUACGUCUUCAAAACUUAUGGAGGAAAUAAUGAUGGACAUAGAUGAGAAUCUAGAUUUGUUUUUUGAUCAACCGAUAACAUUUCCAAAUCGACGAGAUUUACCUAUCUUGGGAAACGCCGAUAUAAUGCAACCAGGUUUGCAACAACUUCAACCUGAUAGAAGUUCAUGCGACGACAUAUCGUGUAAUAUUUUUCAGUCUAUUGACCCCAAUUCGACAUUUCAAUGUAGUUCUUCUGAUGCACAUUCGUGUGAAUAUGCAUGGUCUAGCUCGUACUACCCAUUUAACAAAUAUAUGUGUGAAGCAACAUUCUCAAACACAACUACACCUCUUCCAGAGGCCAAACAAAGUUGUAACCUACCUCUUGUUGAACGUCUUAGCGUAGUCGAUUCGUCUUCCCAAAUCUGCUCAUCAUUUUUGUCAGGUAAUCGUAAAUCUGGUCUUUUGGAUUUGGCUACCACCAGUAGUGAAGGGUGUGGACCUUAUUUAAAUAACAGUGUUAGUGAAACAGAUUACCAUGGUCCACAUCCUUAUCGACCAUCGUUUCCUGUGUCUCAGAAGCGCUACUUCCAACAUCAAUCCAGAGUUGCUGGUCAGCACCAAAGCAGCAACCAUUCUGUUAGCAUGGAAUCAGAUUAUGGAUUAACUAAAGGUUCAAUACACACAAAAGGUCACGUAGCUGAACCCAUAAAAUCGUUUGGUUAUCGUGUAGAAUCGAAUAAAGAAAAAGGCAAUCAUACAAACAAAUCUGCUCUUUUAAAUGCCUUACUGCGUGGUAGUAGCAUAGGUCAAAAUUUGAACUCGCCCAGUGAUUGCAUGGACACUAGUGCAUUUCAGGAAACUUCGAAGUGUUCGUCUCCCUUACUUUGUAAUGCUCUAAGCAAUUCAGGAAACUGCUUUGAUAGUUCAUCCAACAAACAUCUAAUCCACCUCAACGAUUCAUCAAAUAAGUCAGUUCAGGUCGAAAAAGGCCCCAAUCUUCUUACAAAUACAAAAGGGUUACCAGAUUCUUACGCUCAUCCUAGUUAUUCAUACAAUGAUCAUUCAUCCAUUAAUUCAAUAAAUACAGUACAGAAUGUUGACAUCCCCAGGAUUAAUUCAUUGAAUGUUGCGGAUAAUAUAUCAGCUCCAGUAGCUAACUAUGGGGUGUCUGGUGACUGUUCCGUAACUCAGAACCAUGAGCCUGAUCUGUCUGUUUUGACACCAACUGUAUCUCGAGCAGAUGGUUCAUCUUUUCUAAUCUCUCAUAAUCUUUUGGUGAAAAAUUGCAGGACGGAAUCUAUUGGCUUCGGUGUUACUGACCUUUUAAUGCGAGGUUCCAAUAAUUACUUUAAUAAAACUGAAUUGAUUUCUCAACAAAGCUCAGUUGAUUCACAUAACUCUCUUGGUCUACCGCUAGAACGAAAAAAUUCAAACGUACAAACUUUGGAUCCAAACGGUUCUGCCGUACAAAGUACACAGGGAAACCCAAAUUAUUUGGUUGAUGUCAGCGCUGUUCCUUCUCAGAAUUCACAAGACUCCAUCCUUAUUUUUAAAGGAAAUAACGGGCUUUCUACAUCAAUCCAUGGAAGUCUUUCUGUUUCAUCGAAUACAGGUUUUAAUUUCUCUAGUCGUAAUUCUGGUCCGUGCACAAUCCCUAGUAGUUCACUUUCAGAAUCGAAUAUGUUUGCUCUACCAAGUAAUGAACUUAGGAAUGCAUACACAGAAGAUUCUAAUUCUGAGCUGGAAACUUUGGUACCUGGAAGUUGGACUGAACCACAGAUUUUUCCAAAUGCAAUCAAUAUUUCACUAAAUGAUAUGGAACAACUUCCUAAAGCAUCAGUCACAAGUGAUAAAUGUUUAAACGUAUCUAAGAUUAUCGAAAGUAAUCCAUCAAUGCUUGGACGUUCCAGUUCAGCUGGGAAUUUAUUCUCACUUCAACAUAAUCAAAUUCCUAGUUGUUCGAUACAGGGUUCAGCAACUACUACAUCGAGUUUUGGAAGUACAGAAAUUUUAUCUCCAAUGUUUUCUAACCAUAAAGGAUUUCUGUAUGCUACUUCACCAUCGUGUUCUCCACCUUCGGUUUCAGAACAAAAUGAUCAACAAGCUAAACAUAUUCUAGGUAAUUCCUCUGAAGAACGACGACGUCAGUCUAUGCAAUCUGGUUUACAAACUCUACGACAACUGUUAAAAUUACACUCCAAUUUAGAUAAUAUUGGUGGUAGUAACCGUCUGACAGCUCGCAGACAUCUUAGCAAUCUAGAAAUGCCUUCCAUAUCUGGGACUUAUUCAUUUGGGGAUACAGAUAUGCCUAGUGAAAUGCUUAGCGUUGGAUUACGUCCAUCAAAUGGGUUAGAUUUUACAUCUGAUGAACAAAUGAUGUCUUCAGGAACCGAAGUUGGUGGUACUGCUCGAGCAUCUAAAGCUGCAACAUUAAGAAGUGCUGCAGAACUAAUACGAAAAUUAAGAGAUGAACGAAAUGUAUUAGAAACACAAUGUACAAAUCUUAAGGGCGAAGUAAAAGCUUUGAAAAGUGCAAUUAACCUUUUUUGUGAAAAAUUGCCCCCCUCCAAUUCAUCAUCUACAAGGUCAAUAUCAGAUCAAAAUUUAAAUUCUUACUAUUCUGAAUGGUUUCGUGCAUAUGUGCUCCAACAAACUGAAGUUAAUUGGAAAUUUUAUAUAUUUAGUUUAAUAAUUGGUAGAAUUUUCAAGUCUUAUUGCAAUACAACAAUUUCAAGUUCACGUGAUCAAUUUAUCCGAUCCGUAUAUGGUUGGUUAGAUGCUAAUUGUUCCCUGGUACAACUAAGACCUGCUGUAAUGCAAGCUUUAUGCACUCUUGGGAAAACAACUUCUGUUUUACAAGAACCGAAUAAAUUACCUGAACAAUCUAGAUCAUUGUCUAUCACGAAUUUAUUUUGAAACUGUGUAAAAAAAUGCUGUAAUUAUAAAAUCUAUCAGUUUCCCCCCUUUUUUAUACUAUGGAUCAAGAGAUAAAUACAUUUCACUUGUAUUUCAGCGCUCCAAACAAUCCAUUUUAACAUGCGUUUAUUUUGUUGUAGUUAUUAUUGUCUGUUAUUGAUAACCAUUCAUCUUUUUUUCUUUUCUUCUAACAUAAUGAUCACUAGUGAUUCUUUCAUUUUUCUAUUUUAAUCAAUCAGACAUAUACGAAAACAAAAUCAGAUCUGUUUUCUAUUCUACCAUUCUAGUCAAUAUGUGAUUAUUUUUCCCUUUCAUAACUAAGUAUAUAUAUAUUUUCUGUUUCUGUAUUACUAUUCCACGUUCUUCUUUUCACUUAUUAUUAAUUGAUUAAGAUAUACACGUAUAUUUUUCUAUAAAAGAGUUGUGGUAAAUUAGAAUUUAGUUUAACGCCUUAUAUGUACUGUAGUUCUUCUAUUUGGUGGUUGAAUGACAUCGAAUACCACCUUACUUACUUACUUACUGUUGGCUAACCAACUAAUUGCCGAAAUCCAUACUCUCUGUAUGUAGAAUCUAUUUUUGCUUAGAAUUAUUUUUGUUCUUAGAAUAUUUUAUUUCGUAUUUCUGUUCAAUAUAUUUUUUAAGCUAAUCAUUUUACUUAUCUAAUUUGAAUCCUUCCCAAAUGUAUCCGUCCAUCUUUACACACUAGAUAUUACACAAUAAUAUUUAUAUGCCUAUAUUGUUUUUUGGUACGUACACAAUUCUCUGUUAUUGUUUUAUUUGUAACUUCUUAAUUGGCCACGUGACUAACACUUUAUAUGAUGUAAUUAACUAUAGUAUGAUGUUGUUGUGGGUUCAGCCUGUUUGGACAUUGCUUGUCAUAAGAAGUCGAUUUAAAUAUCCUUUUUCUUUCUUAUCUCCAUGUGUUUCAUUUGUUUCUAGUUCGUCUGACUUUAUUUAUGUUUUUAUUGAUUUUUUGUAUUUUCUUUUGGCGUAUGAACGAACAACUGUGUUAUUGUUUUUUUUCCUGAAAAAAAUAAUGUAAAAUUACUUUUUGGACAUCGGGGUGUGGUUUUACUUCUUUAUCUGCUUAUCUAUCUCUUUCCCUAAUCAGAUCAUUAGUUUUUUUAUUUUACAGAAAAUUAUUUUUGGUUAUUUAUCCAAAACAAAAUUCCUCGUCCUAAUCCGGCCAGAUAUUACUGUAUCUGUAUUUUUUUUAAAAAAAGUUCCCUUUAAUUUACAUCACUUUAUAUUUGUUUCUUGGUACUUAACUUUUGUCACCUUUCUACUAAUAUAUUUAUGAUAAAAAAAGGAAGUAUACUUACACGAUUAUUUUAGAUUAUCUAGGCUUGUAUAAUCUAUUUGAUGCAAUAGUUUCGUAAUUUUUGUUUCUGUUGUACAUCAUCUUUUGAAAUAUAGAAUAAUAAAAAGAAAAGAACAAUACUCUAUCUAUACACUAGUGUUUGUAUUUAUACACGGAUAAUAUGCCAGUUGUAGAACUAUUUGGAACCAUUGAAUGCUGUUUUUUUCACCGUAGUUUAGGAUUUUUUAACAAUGUGUACACAUGACUCUGCAAGAGUUCGAAUACAGUUUCUUUUUGGUUCCUAGUUAUUAUGAUAUUACUAGCUUAAUGAGUUCAAACCUUGUGUUUUACUAUUCUAAUUUCAUUCGGUUCUCUGUAUAGUUUUACAAAAAUCUAGUGCUACCGAUUGUGAUAAUAUAAUGAUACCCGUUAUU